AGAUUCCCAAUGAAGGCUUGGUGGCCCCAUUGUUUGACUUUUGAGGAGAUGUUCAGGGAAGAGAGAAGCCAGUGAGGAGAAAGAGAGCAAGGCACAAGUUGAAAGGUCCGGAGGCCUCAGAAUGGCUGAGAUGAAAACUUGAUAUCGCAGGGCAAAAACUGCUUUGCCCGGUCAGUUAACUGACAAAUAUUUUAUGUUCAGCACAGAAGAGCAAAAUGUGUCCCUUAGGUCCAUGUGUGUUGUCUCCUCUCUUCUUCCCUCAUUAGGGCUCUCUGGAUGAGAUGCUGCUACAGGCUGUGGUACCAAGAAUAGCGGUGAAGAAAAUAGAAACCCAUUAAGAUGAAUAUCAAUUUUAAAGCACAACCUGAGCCUCAGCUGAUCCCCCUGGGAACCCCGCGGCAAGCGGCAAAUGAGGGCUCUUCCGGGAAAACAAGUUACUUUGUUUGCAGACACUCUCCACAUCCAAAGACAGUGUGCCACAUUAGAGGUAAACUCCCCCUGGAAGGGCUAAUAUGGCCAAGCCAAACUCUGUAUUCAUUUUUUGGGUUUCCAGAACAAAAACAUUCAGGUGGGGCUUUAUUCUGCCUUCCUGACAUUUUCUUACCUGUCGAUUUUUGCAUCUCACGUGAUCUUUCACACGACUUAAAAAGCCGCUUCUUGAAAAUCUAGUAGAAUCUAGCAGAAGCCUAGUGCUUAUUUUUGUGUUGUUUUCAGAAAAAACAACAACAACCUGUUUGCAACCCCGUGAACUCGAAAAGGUGUGGGAGUUUUGCUCUGUCAUUUUCCUACGGGUUUCAUGAUUGCACCACUGCUGCUCAUGUGAUGAAAUCUGAGGUGGUAUCCUGGCAUAUGCAGCUCUUUCCAUGUGUCUAAAAUUUAGCAUGACAUGGCAGCAUAUUGCUCAAGAAGCCACAAUUCCAAAACACUGUAGAUACCGCAGUGUAAAAGGAACAUUAGAAACUGGGACAGAAGUAUGAGCAUUAAAACUAGGAAAACUAAUACUAUAAUCACCACAUCUGAAUGUAGCCUAAAUGCAGGGGUUUUUAAAAUGUAUGUUCCUCUUUUUCUGAAGGGCAGAACUCUGCCCUCCCAUAAAGCCUGCUGCUGGUUUGAAGUAAGAUUCAACAGCCAUUGCAGCCAACUCCUGUACAUGGACUGGUAGGGGACUCCAUUUUGUUCUGCACUUCAGGCAGAACCAUAGCUGUCAACUUUUCCCUUUUCUUGCGAGGAAUCCUAUUCGGAAUAAGGAAAUUUCCCUUAAAAAACGGGAAACGUUGACAGCUAUGGGCAGAACUGCAUGCAAUUCUGAAUCACCUCGUGUUGGUUCCGACAUAAAUCUGCAUCAGCUGAUGGCUGUCAAGCCUUGUGUGUGAACUGUCUCCAUAAAGCUAUGGCGUGUGAAUGAAAUCAAAGCUUUGGAACAAACAAACAUGGAUCGACUCAUUCACAGGUAUGAUUUUAUAAUCAUACAAUCAAUAUUCAUGUAGGAGCUAAGUGUUGUAUAAUUAAACAUACAUGCAUAUAUGAACCAGCCCUAGAAAACUAUAAUACUCUAGUUCAGGAUUAGAGAUGGAAGGAUCUGUUAGUUUUGGUUCUCUCAGUUUCUGGUUUGUCCAGUAUUAAAUUCCAUUCUCCACAUUUCUGCAGCAAUUUGAUGUUUUUCAAAAAUCUCUCGUAAAAAAUCAUCAGCAUUUUACUGCAAAUUUCCCCCAAUAAUCCCCCAGUUUUGUAUGCAAAUUUGAGAACAUGCAGUUUUGUAAUGUACAAUUUCCCCCCUAAUAUAAUGCAUUUUUGUUUUUAAAAAUAUCUCAAUUUUUUUGCCCACUUUUGCAUUUUUGCAAAUGACCAUUGAGUUGGAGGAUUGCAUCGCAAAAUUCAGAUUUCCACUUGAAAGAUGGCUGUGUUCCAAUUCUGACAUUGCUUUAAAAUGUGUGGAGUUGAUAGAUUUGCCUACAAAAGAUCCGAAUUCUCCACCAUCCCUAUUUGAGACCCCCAUUUCCAGUGUAUCCCUGCAUCAAAACCAACUGCACAAUUAGGAAAAUGUAAAAUGCGUUCUUUCCCCACCCAGGACUAAAUGAUGCACCUGUCUGUGUUGUCAAAGACCGAGGAUACAAUGAAGGACGCUGCGUUGACUCAAGCACAGAACAUGCUCAACUUCUCAGAAACACUGUAAUGCCCACUGACAGCUCUUUUCCCAACAAUACCCUGCCAAGCCUGGUACAAACCCCACUUAGAGCGAAUGUUGGACGUAAGUACCCCUGGUUGCUUACACAGAUAUAGCAUGUCUACUUCAAAACCACAAUUUGAGAGCCUCAAUGGCACCCCUUUGGAGGCUUCAUCUGGGGCAAAAAGCUUGGCUAGCUCACCCCCAGCUAUGGUUCUGCCUUUAUUACCCCCUCCUCAAAGUGGACCCUCCACUAGAUUGAGUUGCUGAUGAAUGUAAAGGUAAAGGGACCCCUGACCAUUAGGUCCAGUUGUGGACGACUCUGGUGUUGCAGCGCUCAUCUUGCUUUACUGGAAAAGGGAGCCGGCGUACAGCUUCCGGUCAUGUGGCCAACAUGACUAAGCCGCUUCUGGCAAACCAGAGCAGCUCACGGAAACACUGUUUACCUUCCUGCUGGAGUGGUUCCUAUUUAUCUACUUGCAUGCUUUUGAACUGCUAGGUUGGCAGGAGCAGGGAACGAGCAACGGGAGCUCACCCCGUCGCAGGGAUUCGAACCGCCAACCUUCUGAUCGGCAAGCCCUAGGCUCUGUGGUUUAGAUCACAGCGCCACCCGCGUCCCAUGCUGAUGAAUGUACAUAUCUGUAAAUUCUAUGCAAAAAUUUGGUUGACACGAAAACCACCAUGGUAUCCUGCCACCUGCACUGGAGGCAUCCUCUGCCCUCCCAUGUUACAUAGAAUUCCUGUAUUUUUCAAGAGGUCUCACUAGGCUUUAAUCCUCUAUAAUUUUAACAUGAAAACUCAUGAAAAAUCCCUCUAUUGCAUUUCAGAGCUUAUGAGAGACGAAAUUGCAGAGCUCAAGCAAAGAACAGGAAACACCCCGCUUUUAAAGAGAAGGGUAACGAGCCAAACUACUGCUGGUAUUUGUAAUUGAAACCAUCAAGACUUCUUGGAGCAUCUGCACUCCUGUAGAACACUCCAUUCAUGAUUUGGGGUUUCUGGGACUGUAAUAUGCUUUAAUUGUUUUUAAUUCUGAAUUUUAAAUUGUCCUAACCUGCUGGUGAAGGGCAGAUGACAAAUUUGAGGUUGGCAGUGGCGCUUUGAACAGUUACCUCAAGCCCUAACCUAAUCUACUUUGCCUGAACAAAGCGAGAGCCUUUACAGGCAGACGCCUCUAUUCUUGUGAUCAUGUAAAGUUCUCUGCUUCUAUAGUGAAGGACAUUUGCAGACAUGCACGUGAGUGUGCAUUGGCUGGAGGCAAAGCUUGCUAUACCCAUUCUAUACAUGGAUUCAGCACCUGUGUAUACUGAACACUUGAAUAGGGCUUAAGAAUGGGGGUUUGUUCAUCUUUUUCAGCUGAUCAUGAAUCCUGUAGGAUCCAGAUGGCUGAAAAGCAUUUAAAGGGUUCAAGGUGCAAAAUCCCAUCAGUUUUCUAGAGAGGACAAUAGCAAGAGAGCCAUUGCAACCACAGCCUUACCCUUAUACUCAAGCAGAGAUGGACCAUACAGACGUAGAAUCCAGCUCCCAUCACCCCAAUCAUCAGCUAUGCUAAAUCCAUUAACAUUUAGGAAGCCACAGGUUCUCCAUUCCUCCAAUGCACAAUGUAAUGAUUAGUCCAGAUGUAUUGGAGGUGAUCAAAAGCAAAGCAGUACAGAAAGUUGGGUGGUGGGCUUUGGGGGGCGGGGGGCUUUCUGUAUUUGUCUCUUUAUAUUCUGCUUUAUCAUCAGGACGAUCCUUUGAGGAAAUACCUUGCAGAAAAUCCACAAAAUAGGAUUCCUCCAGAGCACCCUCUUUUACCUACCCCGGGUACGCACUACAGGCCAGACAUCAUCGAGAAUAUGAAUUAUACCCCUACUUACCUGGAACAGGAAAUAAAAGUAAGAUACCAUCAUUAAGUGAUUAUGUCAUGUUAUUACAUGCUUCUGUUUUAACUGAUAAAAAGAGGAGGAUGUCAUUUAGUACAUUUAGGUUGCAGUACUAUACAUGUUUACUAGGGGGUAAGUUGCAUUCUGCGUAAAUAUGCAUAGGAUUGCACGGCCAGUUUGAAAACCACCAAUCUGUUGAAUAAUAAUAAUAAUAAAUUUUAUUUAUACCCCGCCUCCCCAGCCAAGACCAGGCUCAGGGCGGCUAUCAACCAAUAAUAAAAACAAGUUGAUUAAAAUACAACUUAAAAAAGAUUAAAAUACAACAUUAAAACAUUAAAAGGUGGCAAUGAUGGCCCGUAAAAGAGAGGCCAUUUCUGAGAUUUUGAAGUUGCAAGCUCCUGAGUUUUACAGAACUCUUCACAAAGCCAAUGCUGAAAUACAGCUACUUUCAAAAUUAUCCAAAUUUUGUGAUGCAGGUCUCCAGCCAAAUGGUGUGUACAAGAAUGCAUAAAUUACAGGGAGAUGUGUGUAACAAUGCAUGCAUCUGUGAAUGUAACAUACAAAAUGCAUCAUAUUAGGGGAAAUUGCUUGCAAAAAUGUGUACUUUUGGGAGAUUCACACCUAAAAGGCUGUAACAGUGCCUGUUCGGCAGAUCAAAGUGGUUGAUGGGCAUGUAAAGGGGCAAGACAAUCCCACAAGUAAACUGGCCCUAGGCUAGUAAGGGCUUUGAAUAUGAGUAACAUUUGUUGCAUUUGCUGCCCAAGCAUUGGUGCUGCCACCACUGCAUUGGUUUCAGGGGGCAGCAGGCAGGCAGUCACCAUGGUGAGUUGUGUACCAUACCCCUUGUUGGGUGCCCUCUGAGCUAUCCUGUUCCCUCAGGUGUGGUGAAGGACACUGUCCCCUGGCUGAUGUUUAAGUGCCACCCCAUUUGGCUUCCAUAUGUGUAAUUGGGGUGGGGGUGUCAUAAGAACAGAAGAAGACACUGCUACAUCAUGCUAAUGGCCCAUCUAGCACAGCAUCUUUUUCUCCCACUGGCCCACAAGAUGGAGAGCCUGCAAGCCAGGACCUAAGGGCAACAGCACUCUUCCCAUUUUAGACAGGAAAAUGUAUUGCGGCAGCCCUGACUGCAGUGCUUCAUCGGUCUGAUCUGUCCUCCUCCUAGAUCUUGGAAAGGCUUCGUGAUAUUUUACAGACAGACUCGCUUGCAGAGAUCCAAACCUGGUUAUCAAAGGCAACUCUAAAAGGUAAGGAGAGAAAAUGUGAUAGUUGCACAUGGCUGAAGUGUCAACUGACUUUGGGCUGCAUGCGGCAGGCAGGACACACCCCUCUUUGUAUAUCUAUCUCGAUGUAUAUAAAAUCAGAUUAUCGUUCCCUUUGAUACCAAACUAUUGGAUGAAUGCCUACCAGUUUAGAAGUGUCAACCCCAAACACGGUAGCAGUUUUUGCAUACUUGAGGGAUACUGAAUAUAUAACAGAGGAGGUAUCUCUCUACCCAGCUGUCACAGCUAAGCCAGCUGUGGCAUGGCAGGAGGUUCUAAAGCUCCCACAAUAUCUAGGGAUGUUUCAGGAUGGAAGGAAAUGAACUGACACCUGCCCAACCCAAUAUACCUCUAUAUAGCCCAGAGCUGUCCCAAGACAUUUUGCUGCCCGAGGCAACCUACAUUCAUCUACAGUGGUGCCUCGCAAGACGAAAUUAAUCCGUUCCGCGAGUCUCUUCGUCUUGCGGUUUCUUCGCAAGACGGUUUCUUCGUCUUGCGAAGCACGGCUAUUAACGGCUUAGCGGCUUUAAGAAAAAGGAAACAAACUCGCAAGAACUCGCAAGACGUUUUGUCUUGCGAAGCAAGCCCAUAGGGAAAUUCGUCUUGCGGAACGACUCAAAAAACGGAAAACUCUUUCGUCUAGCGAGUUUUUCGUCUUGCGAGGCAUUCGUCUAGCGGGGCACCACUGUACAUUCAUGCUCUCCUCACUUUUAUGUACAGAAGCAGUUGAUUCUUACUUCAACACUUGCAUCCUCCACUCCCCGAGUGACGCUAAGGGGGUCCCACUAGAUUAGAGGGUGGUAGCAAACUUUUAUGUGAGGAGAAAUUACCAAAGCGCUCUGGUCACAGGGAAUGAGCCCCCAGAUCCUGCCACCUAAAGUGAUUGGACGGGCUAUACAAUUCUCAGGUUCUGGCCUUGGACAGAAUCUGACCCCACCCCCUGGCCUGCACCCAUGCUUUAUUUAUGUAUAGCAUUUUACCCCCCUCUUCAGCCAGAAAAGGUUUGCAGAGCAGCUGGUCUCUUGGAACAGUCUUGCACCACUCCUCUUCCCUCCUGUUUCAGUCUGAUGCAAUGGCUGCUGCCAGGUGACAGCUGAUAGGAGGACCACCCCAAAUUAGAUAAUAUUUAAUUUUCACACAUCUCCCACUGUUGUGAUGAUUUAACAAGAAAUCUGCUGGAAACCAAAGGAGGGGAAAGUGCUCUUGUGCUUGAAUCCUGCUUGUAUGUUUCUCACAGGCGUCGUAUGUGUUAUAUUUAAAGAACUUAAGAUUUGUUUAAGAAAUAUUAUGGAGGGGGAACCUGAAUGGAGAAAAACCUGGAAUGCAUUUUAUUUUCAUUAGAUGAAAGAAGUAGUAUCACAGUUAUACCCUUAAGAUUAAGAUCUUGGAUAUUUUCAAUACUUUAUUCACAAAGCAUGUUUAGUCUGUGGUGCACACACAGAUAUGCCCAUAUGAUCCUCUCCUAUUUCUGGGAGUGUUCUUCCUAUGAAAUAGGCUUGUGUUGACCUUUCUCUGCCAUCGGAAGAAAAUGGGGAGUAGCCUUUCUAUGCACAGAGAAGUCCCUGACAUAUCCAUUAUAUUAAUAUUACUACCUGGUAAUGUUGUUUCAGAGAAGGAGUUUGUGUCCAAUUUCAUCCGUUCCGACGUGACCAGCCGAGAUCUGCUGAAUUAUCAGAAAAGGGCACUGAAAGAAGCUGACGUAGAGGCUCUGAGUUUACGAGAUAUGCUGAAAGCUGAAAGAGCACUUCAGAAUAAACCAGCAAGUGAAGAGAGCCGGCACAGGUAAAAUUGAUAAUGUAUUGCCCUAGGUAUGGUGCUACGUGGAAAGCCGCCAGGUUGGUCAUUUGCCUUGUUUGCAGCAUGGGCUGGGAUUAUUCACAACUAGCACUUUUUGCUCACCAUGGAUGGUGAUGUUGAGAUCUUGUAAUUUAUACAAGUAAAGUAGGUUGAGAAAGAAAAGGAAAAAUCCAUGUCAUUUCCAAACCACCAAACCAUUAAUGUAAGCUACUGGCCAAAGCAUAACUUAUGACGAAACUAGCCUGUGUCGGUUCUAACAGGAAAUAAUCCAAAAACUUCAGGUCAUAUCUUAAAAGCCAGCUGAGGAUAAUAAAUCUUGGUGGGGAACCAUGCAGAAUUGUGCAUUUAUCCAGGAAAUCUGCUUUCUAUUGCAUUUCAUUCAGUAGUAAAAUUUUGAAUGAGAGAUACUGUCUCAGGCUACAACUGGCAGCACCUGUACUCUCUUGCGAUCGAGAUCAGGCAGGCGUUUUCACUGUAUUAUCUUUUAAGCCCCUGCUUAAAACUUUUUUUUUUUUUUUUGCAAGUCAAUCCGGACAAAUAUAUGAUGGAAUUUUAAAAAUUCAUUUUUUACUGUUAAUGUUACUAAAUCUUUAAAAUGUUUAAUUGUUUUAACUGUGUUUAUUGAUAAUUUUACUAUUUCUUGUAAACUGCUUAGAGGUUUUACUAUGAUCAAGUGGCAUUCAAAUUUUGUUAACUAUAAUAAAUGCUAGUUUAUCUUUGCUCCUGGGUCCUGAACUAAGCAACAGCCACGGCAAUAAAGAAUGUUGAAAGCGGAAACCACAAAUUCCUGUCUUAAUACUUUCAUUAAAAAGAAAGAAGUGUAAGAGCAGGAUCAUUCUGUUGUAUUUCUGUUCAAAUCCGGAUUAUCUGCACAUUGAUUUUUCUCCUGCCUCCACCAUCCUAAAAAAAAAUUGUACUGUACCUCAUACUAUGCAGAAUGCCUAAUAUUGUUCCAAUUUCAUGGAAUUUUCUUUCAGCUGAUAUUAGACAGGCCACCUCCUUGCUGAAUUCUUCUUAAAAUUUCAGCAGGCAUUUAAAGUCACUUCUGAUUUUAUAGUUUUUAACCAAUAUUUACCUUUUUGUCUUUACUGUGUUCACUGUGCACCACUUAAAAGCCAUUGUAAUUAAACAGUAUAUAAACUGUAUAAAAAAACCUAAGACAUCUUCUUUCUUUUUUAGGCUUACAAGCAGAGGAACAGUAUCCAGUAAAGGUGAGAGGCUAGUUAUGUGUUGUACAUUUUUAUCCAGAAAAAUAAGACCAUGCUUGCAAGAGACUGAUCUCAUAUGGAUUAAAAUUAGUUGAGAGGAAGCCACAUCAUCUUGCCUCUUGACAGCAUCACACAUAACUGCUGUCAUAGUGGCAUAAAUGAGGACAGCUCUGUCAUUAGAUGCAUAGACAAAAAAACCUGCAGUUCAAACGGCCUCGGCCCAGUAUACCUGAAGGAGCGUCUCCACCCCGAUCGUUCUGCCCGGACACUGAGGUCCAGUGCCAAGGGCCUUCUGGCGGUUCCCUCACUGCGAGAUGUUACAGGGAAGCAGGCAGAGGGCCUUCUCAGUAGUGGCACCUGUCCUGUGGAACGCCCUCCCAUCAGAUGUCGAAGAGAACAACAACUACCAGACUUUUAGAAGACAUCUGAAGGCAGCCCUGUUUAGGGAAGCUUUUAAUGUUUAACAGACUAUUGUAUUUUAAUAUUUUGUUGGAAGCUGCCCAGAGUGGCUGGAGAAACCCAGCCAGAUGGGUGGGGUAUAAAUAAUAAAUUAUUAUUAUAUUAUUAUUAUCAGUGCAUUAAUGUAGCUUUGAUUUUCACAAUCUCUUUCAGACAGGGAGAGAAGUACACACACAAGAGAGAAAAUCCGAAUCCCAACUUCUGAGACUCUAGAGCGUUCCCCCAGCAAACUCACAGUUCUUCAAAGUCACCCCCACAGUCCUGCAUUAUCCCAAAACAGCACCCAGUUGCUGUACAACAAGGCUUACUCUAAGCGACACAACGCUGCUUCAAGAGGUGAGGCCCGAUUUCAGAGCAUCUGAAAACCAGCACAAUGCUUUUCUUGGAAGAUAACAUGUACAGUGAAUCUCACACAAUUUUUUCCAAAGCUCUAAAGUGUCAUUUUUGUUGUUAGAAAAAGUUUAUAGCCACACUAUUUAGACCUUAAGAGUUUUACCUGCUAAACAGGUAUUUGUAAAGUUUAAACACACAUACACAAAAAACUGAAUGUUAGAACACUGGUAAACAAAAUGCUAAAUAAACAUUUUGUUUUUAAGAGUGCAUGUCAUUGUGUCUUGGUAAUUGAUAUGAAAAUAUAUCGUGGACAUUUUCAUUCUUUCUGAAUACAAAUGAUAGAAGUGAUCUAUUUCUGCAUAAUCUUCAGAAUUUUGAAUAUUCUUUAAAAUUAAUGCACUGCAGGUCAACAUUCGAAAAAAUAAGUCAACAGUUUACAACUUAGUACAGCUCCCCUGGGCUUCAUUCAGGUCAGUAACGCUUUAAGUGGCUAUAGUAUAGUCAUUCAAUAGCACUCCAAUCUGCUGGAUUUUAGUGGAGUUCAUAUCCAUGUAGUUUGUUAGGACUGGGGUCAAGACAAUUCAUUAAGGGAGCCCCUUCUAUUUGGCUGUUCCGAGAGAAUCCAGCUAUUUACUCGGAUCAGUGAUAUUAACCCAAAAGCCAGAAUGAAAGGAAAUGCAAUACGCUCUCUCUUUCUAACAGAUUUCAAAUGAGCAUGCAGCAUGUAGCCAAACUAUGGAACUCACCGCCUCAAAAGGCAGUGAUGGCCGCCAUAACUCAGAACAGUGCUGAUGGACUCCAUUGUCAACAUUCUGGCAAUUCAGUUGCUGAGUGCUAAAAGGCACUUUUUAAUACCUACAACCUAGGUUUCGAGUUGUGCCACCUAAUACAUGUCACACCAGUGCUGAGGGACCUAUUAGCCACUAAGCCAGUUUUUAAGGUCUUGUUACUUACAUAAAAGAAACACCUGCUUACACACUUUCCCUUAAUUUCUCAACCCAAGAAAGUUUUAAUAUUGUUGUUAGUGUUAAGUGGUAUAUAAAUAAUAUCUUCCAGUGUACUUGCCAUGAAAUCUAUAUUGUAAUUCAGAGCACUAUGCACAAAUGAUAGGUUUCUGCAGGUGCAUGGAUGGGGAGGGCAAUCCACUUUCUCUUUCGGGAUACAGCUCCUUGUGUCACUUCUGUGAAUGGUUCCCCGCCUUCAGAAGCAGCUUGGGGAAAAUCGAGGGGCUACAGUGAGAUGAGGGCUGGAAAAGCCACAGGGCACAUAUGGAACACCAUAUAUUGCCCUUUGGAUACUGAUGCACAGCCAUCUGUUUAUUUACCCUAGCAUAAAGUUGCAGGAGGAAAAAUAAUGCCUAUACCCUCCAACUCCCCUUCCACCCAAUACCCAUGUGCACCUGCUCUUUUGCUGACUUGAGUUUCCCACCAAAAGAAGAACCAAAACAAGUCAGAGCACAGAAAUGAUAGCCAAGACUAUUCUGGUGAGGUGGUCACAUUUCAUUGUACAAUAAUAGUGAUAUGGCCCAUCUUCAAACUCUUUCCCCCAGACACUAACAGCUGAGUCUGCAGUCUUCAGGAUCCUGUCUGUCUGGGGCUACGGAAAAGACUCAGAUACACAAAUCUAAAGUCAUAAUAAUUUAAAUAGCCAUACAUCCAUGUCAAACACUUCAUAAAAGUGUGCAGACUGCAACCCAAUAUUCCUGGGCACAUAUUUAUAUAACUUGCUCUAGGGAGUUAUUAAACAUGCCAUUGGAGAUUUUGUUCCAGGUCAUUAAAAUGAAAAACCUCUACAAUGUACAAUAAACAAUCAGUAUGUUAUGGGAACUGCACAUAGUCAACUGUUUUCUUAAAAGGUAGUUAAUGCAAUAGAGACAGCAAAUAAAGUAGACUUCCAUGGGAACUUUAAUAUUAGUUUUUAAAACAGAUCAGACCAAGAUUUAGUGGUUACCAGUGCCAAACAACCAGAGCAGUCUGUUGUGAACAUGAUGCAGAUGCCAUUAGCAAGGCAGGGAAAGUUAUGUGGGUUAGCUGGUGGUAUUCUCUUACUGGAAAGAUACGCAAAUUACAUGAGAUGUGCAGCACCCCCACAAACAUUUAGUGCAUUGCUUUUUAUGAGAAGAACAAGUGUGGUAUUGAAAACAGUGUUAGAUUUGGGCUCAAAUCCCUACUCAGUCAUCAAACUUGAAAGGUGAAUUGGCCAUGCUGGCUGGGGCUGAUGGGAGUUGUAUUCAAUCAUCUGGAGGGCACCACGUUGGGGAAGGCUACUGGAAGCCACUCAUUUACUCUAAGUCUAAUUUAACCUGCCACUUCAUUCUUAAAAUGCAUUGCUAGAUAACUGAAAUGAUUCAGCUGGCCCUGGAAGUUCGCCCUUAGCAGCUCUGUUACAUCAGCUUCUCCUUACAGAAAUACAAAGAGGAAAAGUAUUUCAGUGCAUAUGUGCAUAUGCUAUUUAUAACAUGAAGACUACAGACACAAACAGGACUGUACAAAUCAUGAUCUGCUUCUUUUUUUAAUGGGACAAAAUUAGUAACAUAAAAUGCAUUAAUGAAAGUCUUAUAGCCUAAAUAUCAUAACAGAAAAUUGAGAGUGAUGGCUAAAUGAAUGCCUCAGAAGACAGGAAUUAAAUUUGAAUGGAAAACUGGUUGAAACUAGCAAAGUUAUGUAUUUAAUACAAAACUCUGUGUUCAAGGAUGGGGAAAUCAGAUACACAGGUAUUAAUACGGAACAAGUGAUUUGGCAGUAGUACUUGUGAAAACAAUCUUGGCAUGGUCAAUAAAAAGCAGAGGUGCUACUCAAACUUAAAGCUCCCUCUUCUGGCAAAUAUUAAAUAAAAAUAAUAAAAAGAAAUAUAUAUAUCAGCUUCCUUGGGAAACAAAGUUUUCUUUAAACGCCCUUUAGCAGGCUAAAAAGCUACCAAAAAUCAAGUAUUUUCUAACUAGUACAAGUCCAGAUCUGGCAAAUAAAAUUAGUGCUUCAUACUAACAGAUAAGCUAUGCAGCACUGCAUAAACAACUGUACAUUGCAAGGACAGCAAACCAUUCCCAUCUUUGGAUAUUAAAUAUUUAAAUUAAAUUAACAUCCAGAGAUGCUUAUUCGCUAUCUGAGAUUUCACCUUGUACCAUUUCUGACUUCUGCAGCUUGCACAUGGUGGCUUCGGUUGUCUCAUUUAGUGGUUUGGCUCCUUUCCGUUGUGGCAACACAGUGAAAAAUGCUUCCUCCCAGUCUCUCUUUUCCAAGAAUGCAAGGAUGAUUUCAAACACUGCAGCAAAAAGAUCACAUGUUCCUUUAAAAAUAACUGAAGUGUCUGACAGAAUCAGAAAUUUAUUGAAGUUAUGAAACUAAAUUUAAUUAUAACCUCUGCAGCAAAAAUAAAGGUAAUUAAUCAUACACAGAAAGAUUCAACAAGCAAAGCUUUCACACCUGCCAAUAUUAUAUAGCAUUUUCAGCUAUGCAAGUAGUCAGCAUGUGUUUGCUGUGUAGGAAGCAAUUACCAAGUUUCCCCUAGUAUUUCUUGUUUAAUUGUCUAAUCGUCUAUUUAUGGGCGUGGCAAUUAACAUCCAUCAAUUGAGACAUAAUAACUGGGGGAGGGGAGUGGUGUGCAUUGUUUGCUUAGUUUCUUAGACUUUCAGGUGUUAUCAUUACUGCUGAAAUCCAGUGGAUGUGAAGUUGAAAAAUAAAAGCUAGUUUCUUGUUCUGAAAAGUUGGCUUGCUAUCAAAUAGUCAGCACAUGUGGCAAGUAAUGGUACUGGUCUCUGACAUUUAUGAAAAACAUGCCUACUAGUAAAUUUGGAAACAAAUAAGAAUUAGUGGAAAUUAAAAAGAAAAAGAAGCAUACAGCUCACUUUAUGUAUUUUCAAACUGUAAUAAACAUGAAUGGGGCAGCGCGAAACAGUUUUAGAACUCUGAAAAAUCAGAGCCUUAAAACGUGGGGAACCUCCAAAAGUACUGAAGGCUCCCCACUGCACUGUCCACAUGUGAAGGGUGAUGACAACAAAGAGUAAGAGCUAGUAUGCUCAUCCGCACUGCCUGCUGCCACAUUUACUAUAUGCAGCUUCAUAAUCCUUCAAGAGGUCUAGAGCCACUACACACAGGUGAAUUACUGCAUUACCUGUGGCACUAGACCAAACGACUGUGUUUUCUCUCACUCACUGCUACAAAAAUAUUAUUAUUAUUACUACUACUACUACUAUCACUAAUAUUAUCUACUGAAUCACAACAUGUGGGUGCUAAGUUAAAAAGACAUCUGACAUAAUGAGAUAACAGAUGACAAUGAUCUCAGAUGAAUGCCACAAAGAAAGUAUAGGCAAAAAUCAGAAAGGUCCAUAUUUAAACCAUCAGCUUUUAAAAGGAGAACAAAGGAAAGUGUCGUGCAUUUGACUAUACACACACUUAUUCUUCAAUGUUUCAUUUUUUGUUUACUUUCAUCCUUACCAUGAUUGACUGCCAGAACUUUCCGACUGUUCAUUUUCACAAAGAUCCCUAGUGGAAGUUGUGCAUGACUUAUGCCUUCUUCUUGUGCUCUUUUGUAUGUAAUGCCCUGUAAUAAGACACGGAAGAAAAAGUAAUUAAUUCUGAUUAUCAGAUCUGUACAUUGUGACUUUCACAGAAUGUUAAGAGUUUUGUCAUAUAUAUAUAUAUAGAGCUGUGAGUACAUAGAAGAAAUCAUAUGGCACAACUAAAAAAAGUUCCAUACAGCUUAUAUAUGGUUUGUUUCAAAUUAGUAAAAUGUUUUGCAACUAUAUCCUAAGAGGCUUUACUGUUUGUGCCUUAUGUGUGUUCAAACAAAUAACUUGAUGCAAUUCAUACUCAAGCAGGCAAAUACAGCUCAUUUACAAGCCGGACUUUUCAAGACACCUGCAGGUCAGAGGUUGCACAAAAAUACUGGAAAAUUCGCUCUUAAGCAAGUAUUUCCCUGAAAUUAUUCUGUGUGCUUUAGUUGCAUGCCACCUUCUUAUCGAUGAGAAGACCCACUAUGAACCACUCAGAUUUCUAAAGGAAGAACAAGAUGAUUAAGUGCUUGGUAUGUUUACUAUUAUCACCCAACUGCUUGCUCUAUUUGUAUAUUCUAAAUAUGUUCACUUAAGCUUAUGUUCAGCAUCUCUAUUUGUUACAAACACUUGGAUAUGCUACUUGGGAGUCUAUUCUUAGUUACUACCAUUACUACAUUAAAUAUGAUUAAAAUAACCAUCACAGAGAAUGAUCUGUUAAUAUCAGCAGCAACCACAGAAACACUGCUGAUGUGGGCAUUUGCUGUAGCUGUUUUAGGGAUCAUACUGCAGCAUAGGCUGCAAAUGCCAAAUUGUAAAUUUCAUGUACAGAAUGAUGGAGGGGGGAAGAAGAAGAAGAAGAAGAGUUUUGGAUUUGAUAUCCCGCCUUUCACUCCCUUUAAGGAGUCCCAAAGCGGCUAACAUUCUCCUUUCCCUUCCUCCCCCACAACAAACACUCUGUGAGGUGAGCGGGGCUGAGAGACUUCAGAGAAGUGUGACUGGCCCAACGUCACCCAGCAGCUGCAUGUGGAGGAGCGGAGACGCGAACCCGGUUCCCCAGAUUACGUGACUACCGUAAUCUGAAGCCAACCUGAAAACUCAGUAUUCCUUCAAAUUUGUUUUAUGAGUCCUGGUGCAGGGUGAUUAAAUGCACUGUAAGCGCCUCACAUCAUACUUCAUCAGAGAACAGUGUAGCUUUUUAACCCCUCUGCUUUUCCAGUACAUCCCUCAUGCACAGAAAGAUUUCUCUGGCAAGUGAAGUAUGAUGAUUUAUUAAUGUCUUCUCUUCCCAUCCUUCCCACAACUGUGGGGCAGUAGAUAGUCUGUCUUUCUUAGUUUAUUUGCCUUUAGUUUGACCUCUCUGUCUUUCCAAAUAUAAAUUGCUGACACAAAGAAUUUGCAUUCCAAAUGCUCAGUCUGAUGUGACUGGCUACUGAAGGAGGCAAAAAUGUGCAGAAGCAACCACCAAUUCUAAAAGAGCAAAGCCAAAAAAAAGGGGGGGGGCUUUUAACAGAAUGUUUGCUGCUCAGUUUCAAAGCAUUCAAUGAGGAAGUAACUCAAGAAUGAAAAAUCCACUACUUUAGUAGAUGUUGCCAGGUGCCCAGAAAAGCAGCAGCCUGCCUUUCACAUUAUAACACAAAACAGCAGCUUAAAAUAAUCAUGUUCCAUAGCAUUCUACGCACAUUAACGGAGUUCAACGGGACUUCUUUCCAAGUAAAGAUACACAGGAUUCCACACAUUAGUUCUCUACCUUGUGAUGAUUGUGAUCCACAAGGCCUCCAAUGACAUAGGCUUUGGACUCAUCUAGUUCACUCAGGACUUCAGGAGAGUCCGAUGUAAGGUACACAAGGUCUUCUUUCUUCAUCAGUUCACUAUAAUGUUCUGAUUUAAUGUGGAUAUCCUUCAAGAUACAAAUACACACAAAUGUAUUAAAUAAAUUGUCUAAAUAUUCAAGGACUUUCUCAGAGAACCAGUCAAAGUGGUAGACACAGUUACAAAAAGCAGCUACAUUCGAGACUGUUUUUUCUACAUGUGCUAUAAUGUGGUGGGUGUGAUUUUAACAAUGUCACUGGCUCUACUUGGAAGACUAGAUGAGAUUUUUACUUCCACCUCCAAGGCAGAAGGAAGUCAAUCAGUCUGUCUCAAGAGAACCUGCCCAACAUUACAUCUUGAGCAGAUCCUCUGAAUCAAACUACUUUCUUGUCAAGAAACAUGUCCCAAUCAGCCUGGAUACAGAGCAGAAAAACUUGAUUCAUGGCUGGCUUCAAAACAGCAGAAUUUUUUUAAAACAGCAAUUGAAAAAGCUGCAACAAGGUCCUUUUGUACAUAUGCUCAUUCACUUAGGAACUGCAAUACUGUUCUUUUCUUCAAAUUUAUCAAUCUUCACUUAUAAUUCAGAAACCCAGAUAUAAACAAAGCAGCCUUCUCACUCAAACUACCAUUUCAUAACUGACUGGACAGAAAAUCAUCAGACAAAAAAGGAGGAAUUAAAAGAGUUCACGACCCAAUCUAAUAAGCUAGAAAUGAUGUGGUUGAGAAUUCCCACCUCAUGUGUUUCCUAAAAGCUAGUAGUGAUGUGGUUGCAGCUGCCAGACUGGUGACUGGGAGCAUAUGGCUAGAACCAUAUAACAACGUUCCUAAAAGAUCUACACUGGCUCUCAGUAUGGUUCCAAACACAAUUCAAAGUGUUGGUAUUGACCUUUAAAACCCUAAACAGCCUCGGCGCUGUAUAACUGAAGGAGCAUUUGCACUCACAUCAUUUAGCCCAGGCACUAAGGUUCAGUUCCAUGGGCCUUCUGGCAGUUCCCUCACUGCAAGAAGUGAUGUUACCGGGAACCAGGCAGAGGGCCUUCUCAGUAGUGGCACCUGCCCUGUAGAAGGCCCUCCCAUCAGAUGCCAAAGAGAUAAACAAUUAUACAACUUUCUGAAGACAUAUGAAGGCAGCCCUGUAUCUGCAAGUUUUUAAUGUCUGAUGUUUUGCUGUGUUUUUUAUAUUCUGUUGGAAGCCUCUCAGAGUGGUUGGGGCAUUCAUGUAAACACACAAACAAGGUGAAAAAGUGUUCACAACAAAAGGUAAGCAAAUCUGAAAUUGCUAGUACCUUCCAGUUUACCCAUCCUUUGUCAGUUUCAUUCAUGUUGUCCUUCAGCUGGCCUCCAUGGCUAGUCAAGUAAAACUUUGGAAGACAAAAAGGCAAAAGAAGUGUAUAAUGUUGACUGCUAAUAUCUAACUUCUAAUUAGGUACUCCUCCGUCCCUAACAAUACAAACAUAUAUUAUUUUUGAAGGUGUUCAAAUGAAUUUUGAUUAUUUUAGCUUUAUUAGUUUGAGUAAAACUCAAAACAGGAUUUAACAAAACAGGAUUUUGCCCAAAAUGUUCCACAGCAAAACAAAACACACAAGUACUCUAAAAUAUUAACUGCAUGACAAGAUUAUACCUGUUUUUAGGCAUACACAGAUAUUUGCACUGUCUUCUUAAUAAUAUAUUGAAAUGGAAGUCUGACAAAAAUACUAUCAAAUUAUGUCUAUGUUAUUAAAGAAUAUAUUUUCAUUUUUGGAAGGAGUGGCCUUUCACAUUUCAUGUAUAUAACUAACCGGUCCGAACACAAAAAUCAGAAAAUAGUUUACAACAACAUACCUGUACAGGAUGGAGUGCUUUGCGAUUUUCUGCAUAACAUCUCUGAAUUUGCUUGUGAAGUUUCUUGACAUCCUGUAUACAACACAAUUUGUUUUUAUAUUUUCCUUCAGAGAAAGCACCACAAAAUGCUUUAACCAAGAGAUUCAGAGACGCUAAAGAGAGAGAAAGGAAACUUUUAACUGACAAAAAGUUAUUUCUGAAUAGAACAUUUUUGGAAAAGAAAUAUUAAGUCACUAUAAAAAAUAACAUUGCAAUUAAAUAAUUUUUCUAAGAUCUCACAUAUUCACUAUUGUACUUUACUUAAAAUUCAUCAUGUUGAAAAUAAAAAUUAAUACUAAUUUACAAACAAGUUAAAACUGAAAAGGAAAUAUCUAAGCUGCAAUUCUAUGGGUGCUUAUUUGAGAACAAGCCCCUCUGAAAUCAGUGGAACUUUCUUAUAAUUAAGUGUGUACAGGACAGUAAUCCUAGUCUAACCACUGUAAUAAUUAACAGUGAUGCACAACUCCUAAUAGAAUUAGAAGGAAUUUCUUCACCAUGUGCUUUCAACUGCCAUUCAUUAUUAAGUACAGUAGAACAAACAUUUUUAUUCUUGGAAUUAGUCAACUAAAAUAGUAUUUAGGAAAGUGAGAUGCAAAUGUCUCCAAGCCUAUUGGACACCAGUGGUACUCACUAAAUACCAGGGUUACAUACUACCCACUGUUGUAAAACAGAAACAUUAUACAUUAGUUUCAAUCUCAAUAGCCUUAUUUUACUAACAUAUCUGUAUGGACCUACAGCCCUACACCAAAGCUUUCCAAACUUUUCAUGUUGGUGACACACCUUUUAGACAUGCAUCAUUUCGUGAGACAGUAAUUCAGUUUUACUAGGAAACCAGAGAUUAAACUACCGUAUUUUUUGCUCUAUAAGACGCACCAGACCACAAGACGCACCUAGUUUUUGGAGGAGGAAAACAAGGGGGGGAAAAAUCUGAAUCUCAGAAGCCAGAACAGCAAGAGGGAUCGCUGCGCAGUGAAAGCAGCAAUCCCUUUUGCUGUUCUGGCUUCUGCAAUAGCUGCACAGCCUGUAUUCGCUCCAUAAGACGCACACACAUUUCCCCUUACUUUUUAGGAGGGAAAAAGUGAGUCUUAUAGAGCAAAAAAUACGGUAACCCCUUUCUAGCCCUGGGAGGAGUGCUAAGAGUGUACACGCGACACACCUACACGCGACACCCAACACACUAACAUGUGGCAACACACAGUUUGGAAAGCUCUGACCUACACUAUUAUAGGCAUACCCUAAUAACCAAACAAAAGCACCCUAAGUAACUUGCUUCUGAAAAGUAUAACUUUCAUUUACCUUUAACUCCAUUAAAUUGUCAAAACUGCAAUCUAUAAUAAGGCGAAGGGUACUAGGAACAACAUCUCUACGCAAACGUUUCCUGAAACUUCCGUCGUUGCUAGAUUCCAACUGAGACUGGCGCUCUUGUUUUCUCUUCAGGCGUUUUUCUUUACGUUUCUGUCUGAAAGAUAGCAAUUAACACCCAAGUGCCAUGGUAUUAAUUAUACAAUGAUUCUGCACACAUAUGCAACAUAAAGAGAUGGUAGUAGAAGAGUUAAGCACUCUAGCUCACCCAUCUUGUCUCAAAUGGCUUUUAGCACUAGAGUACAAACACUUUUAUACAGUCUUUCUCUUCAAGUGUUUUGUGUUUUGACCUGCAGUGCUCUGGCCUCUCUGACUUGCUGUCUUGUGCCCCUGCACUCGCAAUGCCUAGUUCUACAUACACACCCUUUCUUUAAAUGUUCAUCCAUUUCAUCACCUUCAUCCCAGGGGAAAGAUUUGCUGUUAUCCUUUUGCAAGACAAAUAAUAGCUUUACUCUUAGUCUUUCAUAAGCAACUGUCUAUAAAAAAUGAUUUUUAGAGAAAGCUGCUGCUCAAGGAGAAACAGUUAAUCAACGCAGAAGUACAACUGAACCUAUUCUGCCUUCCAGUGUCUUGACUGGGACAAAACAAAAGCUUCACACAAACUGCAGCACAGAAAAAAUGGAAGAGGGAUUUGAAGAGAGUGUUGGUUAAAGCUCAAGAACUCCAUUGCAACUGUUAGCCAUGUUGUGGGAUAGAAAUGCCAAGGUCAAGAAGAAUAAAUGCACAAUUUCCUUCUUCCAUAUCUGAAUAAUGGAAGGCAUGAAAACUAAAACAUGAUACACACAUUAAAUCAUAUGUGAAAUG